GCGAUCUUUUUUUUUCAUCUCUACAGGUGUCGUGGCAUGCUGCUUUGGUUUCAGAUACUGAGCUACCGAGAGAUCAGAGGUCAUACUUGGUACUGAAAACUCUUGUAAUUAUUUAGCAAUUAUAACUGUUUCCCGUGCGCACUGUAAAAGGUAGCAGCCCGUGUCGUGACCUUUUCCUGAGAUUUCCCCCCGCUGCAGUCUCCUUAUUAAUCAGAUUAUCCCCCUUUUAUUUAAAGGGCCAUUGGAAUAACAUAGGAGAAAAUACAUUGUAAUCCUACUGUACACAAAAAGGAAAUACGUUGUUUGUCUUUGGUUAAAGCUUACAUACAUACAGAUCUGUUUAUGGAAUUCUUCACGAUUUUGGCAACAUUGAAUAUUUCUACGUAGACUUGAAACGCAUUAGAGAGCAAUGAAAUGUCACACACAAAAUGUGUGAGGAAUUAUUAAAUAUGCAAUAAUUAAAACAAUCUAAAGCUGACCUGUCGUGUGCUUACGUUUUACAUAAUAAAAUUCUUUCCCUAGGUUUAUGUAUAUGGUGUUUUUUGUUACCCUCCCCCCACCCCUCCACAUUUUUCUAACAUGUCCCACUAUCAAGUAAUUGUACAAAUGUAUUUAAAAUCAUGGGCUUGUCUUCCUGGUUGCAAAAUUAGAUUGUGAAUUGGUCUCAGUUGCUGUAUAAUGUGAUUGGCUCAGGAGGGUUUAGGCACAAGAGCCUUAGAGAUCCUCAAAGCAAGCGACUCGUGAGAUAGUCUCUAAAGUACACAAAGUUUGAAAACCUGUGGCUUUUUAUUACGUUCUCAAUAAAAACUUGACAUAUCUGUGUUCAUCAGUAUAAUUGGAAAGUAAAAUAGCCAUUGUACGCCUAAAUCAAAUGAUCUUAUCAAACGUGUGCUUACUGCUUUUUGCUUUGGAGGUAUGUGUGCCGAUUCAUAGUGUGCUGUUGUUGAAUAUGAUCAACACAUUUGCUAAUAAUUUGGCUAUACGAGUGUCUGUGUUGUAAAAAUGACACGACAUUUAAUUGGAUGAUAAUGUUAAUAUACUGGUGGGCAGCACAGGGAUUGGGGACUUGUGGAGUAGUAGGUGGUAGAUGUUAUAUUUACAGAGCAGUACACGGGGCAAAGUUCUAAAAUCUGAGCAAUCUCAGUGGAGAACAGUGGUUUAUUCCUGACAAGUGUUCCACAAAUGGAAUUUGCCCCAGAAUUGAUCUGUACACAACAUUUCCUUUAUGCUGUAGUGUGACUGCUGAUCUGCAUGUCAGAGAAACCUAAUACCAGAGUGCCUUUUCCAUAUGACCUUUAGCUGUCACAAUGCCAUGCAGUGCCUAUAGUUGGACAAGGUCCGACUGGGAACGCAGUCGUCAAAUCCCAUAACUCUCAGUGAGGGUAUGCAUCGCAGCACGUUUUACGUACUCAGCGAGCAUUAGUAGGGCUAAAGUUAGAAUCCGUUUGUUCCCCCUGUUACUAUCAGUAGCACUUUAUAAACUGCCUUUAACAGUAGAUUUUUUCCAAUUAUAAACAGUGUCAGAUUUUUUUGAAACAUUGGGUGAGAUGUUUAAAUAAUGACGCUAUUUCUAACACUUUGCUUGAUCCUCUUUUGGUCUUUCUCUUGCUUCAGCACUCCGAUGGUAUGUGCUAAGAUAACCGAAUGCCGAAUGGGUUUUAUACGUGUAAACACCAAGGGGCACAAUUGCAAUUUUCUUUCUUUAAUAUUUCCCCCACCUCCUUUUUUCUUCAUUGCACGCUGCUUUACUUAUUUCUUACAGUGAUAAUGUUGUUGUAGGUUAUGUAAUUUUUUUGGCUUUGUAGCGUGACAUUUUUAUACUCACCUGUUGGGUUAAUAACACUAUAUGCCCUUCUUUUUUUUCUGUUAUAUGCCAGAAAAGUGAUGUGUUGAAAACACUCCAAACACAUUGAAUGUGGCCAUUGAGAGACGAUUAGUAAAUAUCCCAAGUUCUGUGUUACCAAUUGAGCACUUUGGGUUUCAAUAUCGCUUGUAUGCUGAUGAUACAUGGACCUACCACCUUUUUCAUUCAUCAUCUCAUGCCUUGAUUAUUGUAACUCACUCAGCAUUGGCUUUCCCCACAAAGUCCCGUUACAAUCUGUUAUAAAUGCUGGUGCCAUUAUAUUUCCUCUCUAACCCACAAAUAAACUCUUCUCAUUCCCUUCGCUCCACCAAUGACCUUUUUCUUGUCUUCUUCUGCUAAUUCUCAUCUACAGGACUUCUCUGGGGCUGCAACUUUUUUUGUGGAAUGCGUUCUAUUAGACUUUCUCCUAGGAUCCAAUCAAUGCAUCUCUAUGGGGAACAUUUGGCGCCUCCAUGCAGAGCGUGGAGGCACUGACCGUGCAGAACUGGACUAAUAACCACAUCUAGUGGCCAUCUGAGUGACUGUCACUAGAGGUGUUAAUAGCCAGCAAUGUAAACACUGCCUUUUUCUCUGAAAAACCUGCAUGGACAUGCUACAGACACCAGAACAACCACAUUAAGCUGUAGUGGUUCUGGUGACUAUAAUGUCCCUUUCGGAAUUGUAUUUUCAUCAUUGUAAAUAAUACUUUGUUAGUUUCUAUCUCUUUUAGUUGGCUCCUAGAUUCCAGGCACGUUUGUCAAGCCCUGCACUACACACAACAGGGAGAGAUACUCCCGAACUUGACGAGGUUAUAUAGUGAUUUGAGCAGGGAAGCGUCUCAAACUCCAACAAUGUAUGUGUACUCUGUCACUCGAAUAAUGUGGGUUUCCCACACUGACUCUGCUGCUAGAUUUUGGCUUGGCCAUCACUAUAAACAUAGCAAUGAGCUCAAGUUUAUCAAAGUAAGCUUAUUGUAAUGACAAAAACCAAAGCACACAUUUGUUUUUUCUAUACAACACAAUAUAAAACUGGGCUUCUACUUAGAACAUGUAUUUAUUUAAGGUUAUUUCUGGCUGCAGGUGUCUGUGUCGCAAUCUGAAGCAGGAAUGCAGCCCCUGGGGCUGCAGAGAGUUUGUGAAAACGUUACGUGUCUCUAUUUAACAAACACAAGCCGUAGACGGAUUACUUGUAAAAAUGUGAGAGGAUUUAUUCUGCCUAAUCAUCAAGUCUCUUGUUUUAUUGGAGCCUAUGGCUCUGCAGGCUGAGAUUUGGGGGACUAAUACUCUUCCUGAUUACAAAUUACAAUGCUCAAAUCAGAUUAAAAUACAUCCGUUACACUCACUCUCUGCACGAACCUCUUCUCAAGUUAGAGUUCUCACUUUAACACUUCUGCUGUAGGGGGGGGGCUAACCAAAACGUACAAUCCAGAUUUUUGUAGUCUUUAAGGAACCAUCAAGUCUUGUAAAUCACUUCAUCUUCCUUAAGGUCCCUCCUGUGCCAUAAUUGUAUUUAAUUUUAUUUUCUACUAGCUUAACCUCCAUGCUUUUUAGCUUAGCUCUAUUGACCUACAAGUCUUUCUCCUUACCCAACUUACUCAUAGCUUGUAUACAAUGGCCUCCUCCAGUGUGUAUGGCCUUCUCCUUACCCAACUUACUCAUCGCUUGUAUACAAUGGCCUCCUCCAGUGUGUAUGGCCUUCUCCUUACCCAACUUACUCAUUGCUUGUAUACAAUAGCCUCCUCCAGUGUGUAUGGCUUUCUCCUUACCUAACUUACUCAUCGCUUGUAUACAAUGGCCUCCUCCAGUGUGUAUGGCUUUCUCCUUACCUAACUUACUCAUCGCUUGUAUACAAUGGCCUCCUCCAGUGUCUGGGCCUUCUCCUUACCCAACUUACUCAUAGCUUGUAUACAAUGGCCUCCUCCAGUGUGUAUGGCUUUCUCCUUACCUAACUUACUCAUCGCUUGUAUACAAUGGCCUCCUCCAGUGUGUAUGGCUUUCUCCUUACCUAACUUACUCAUAGCUUGUAUACAAUGGCCUCCUCCAGUGUCUGGGCCUUCUCCUUACCCAACUUACUCAUAGCUUGUAUACAAUGGCCUCCUCCAGUGUGUAUGGCUUUCUCCUUACCUAACAUCGCCUGUAUACAAUGGCCUAUCUACACUUAUUACAUGACAUUGUCUUACCAAUUUUUUUUAAUAUUUAUUUUCACCACAUCCCCUUGGCCUCAUGCCUUGUGUGAUUUAUGAGACUCCCUGUGAAACCUGUUAUCAAAAUAAGUUUAUCUGACAUUUGUGUCCUGCCUUUUGACGUUCUGUUGAGAGCACAUUGAGGUUAAAAUGUAAAUGUUAUGUAACAACAAUGACUGUGUAAGCACUAUGUAAUCUAUAUCGAUGCAUCUUACUGCAUAUUCACCAAACCUUUCUAGCAAGCAUACUGAUACUUAAUCACAGUAUUUCUGGAACAUUAUUUUAUGAUUUCAGAUUUUUAUAUAUAUAUAAUUUUUUUUUUAAUUUUAUUUUAUUAAUGGCAAUAGUAGGUCUGUGUGAUUGUGUGGUCGACGUUGUGACAGGUGCCAUAUUUGAACUUUGGGGCUCAAAUCCUUGAUCCUGAGGGUAAAAUAUCAUGGACAUUAGCAGAGUUGUCAUCAGUGUUGGUGGAUGGGCUAUUAAUGUCCAGGAGCCAGUCUGAUCUAGAUCCAUGUACGUCACAAACCCAUGGCUUCUUCAUUUUACUUAUUUAGAAAUGUUUAUUUACUUUGAGCAGUGUGGGCAGCUGUAAAUGUUGUGUGGCACAGUUCUACUUUUGAUUAGACUUUUAUUUAGAAUUGGUGACCUCAACAGAUGUUUUCUCAAAUGUGUAGUCCCAGUCUUGGCAUUGGUUGAAAUUGGUGGGGGGGAAUAAUGUCCAUACCUUUUUAGCUUUUUUUUCCCCUCUCUCUCUUAUGGUGAAUUCUGAAUGACUGGGACCAUUCCGAGAUAUGACCCAUAGGAGGUUUCAAAAAGGAGGGGUACAAAAUUGUGUAAAAUGUUUUGAUUUUGCCAUCAAAAAAAGAGUACUGAUACUGUUCUAAUAUAACGCAAUAUGAGCUCACAACAAACAUUACUAUAAUAUAAUGCAAUAUGGAUGAAGGUUAACAAACACAGCAUAAAUAAUCAAAAUAGCAGGAUAAUACAGUAAGUAAAGUAUGUUAAAAAUUGAAAUUACCCUAAAGUAGGUUGGUUUAGGGAUGAGAUACACACUCUGGUUCCCACCAUCUUCUAUAGGCAACUUGCACUGGACCCCUUGGGUAUUCCUCCUGUCUUGGCCAAUGAAAAAUAUGACCAUAAACUUCUAAACAAGAUCAUUCUAGUGGCAAGAACAGCACUAGGACAAUCAUGGUUCCAAGUUCCAUCUAGGGCAAAAGGUAUUCUUAAACUAAAGGAUAUUUAUCUAAUGGAUAAACUGACAGUGCAGUUAGAGAACACUCUACUCACUUUCCAAAAGGUUUAGCUGCCUUGGGAGUCUGUUCAAGGCCAUUAGGAUAAUUUGUUGAUGGAAGGAUAUCUUCCUCUGACCCCUUUCCCUGUGGCAGUUCCUCAUCUUUCCAACACAAUCAAUAUGAGUGUUUCAGAAAGAUUUUAUGAAAUACAAAAAAAAAUGAGGCAUAAAGCGACAGAGCCACUUUAAGUCUGCAGAUCACCUUACAAAUUGGGAAAAUAUCUAAAGCUGAGACACCUCCAUGCUGCUUACAAGGAUGGACUCCUUAAUUCACCUUGAUGCGCAGGGUGCAACCAAACCAGGUCCCAGUACCAGAAAAACAAAUUGCUCAGUGUUGAAGAUGUAGAUAGGUCCAGGCACUCCAAAGUUCAACAAAAGGCAAUUUAUUAAACCCACAGCCACAUCAAACUGCUUGAUAAAGACCAUGUAGGUUGACACAUUGUGAUGUGGCUUUGGGUUUAAUAAAUUGAUCUACAUCUUCAACACUGAGCAAUUUGUUUCCUGGUACUGGGACCUGGUUUGGUUGCACCCUGGUACAGAGUGAUGGGAUUGAGUGCCGUUCCAUAUUGUUUUCUCCGGAACAUAAAUCAUAUUUUGGGAUGUUGCACACAGGUUUUAGGACAUCUGACUCAGAGGACAUGGUAUAUUAUAAGCAGAGGAGAAUUGCGGUCUAUUGUGUGUACAGAAUGAACUGUUACAAAUUAUUGGAAUUAAAUAUCUGUGCCACCCAUUCAUGUUUUUUUGUUUUGUUUUUCCUACAGCAUCUGCUCAUUCUGUAACCUCUGUAAAGCGGGACUACAAAUUUCUCCAGAUGAGGUUACUAGUGCUCCGGGAUGCCCCAUCCUCUCCUCCUUCGAUUACUCUGGGUGCUAGUAAUGCAGUGGCAGGUACGCGAACACAGUCCUCAAUUAACCGUGGCUACUCUGUAUUCUGUGGAUCUGUUAUGUCUUUUUUUUUUUCUUUUUCUUUUUGCAUCUUGCAAGUGUGGCUUGAUGCACACACAGAAAAUAUUUUAAGCAUUUUAAGCAUUUUUCAGACUAUCUUUCAAAGCUCUUUAAACGGAAACUGUCACAGAAAAUUGCCUAUAACCUGUGUCAACCUUUUUAAUGCGGUGCUCAGUUUUUAGACAGGAACUUCUAGUGGCUCUCCUAAUGUAAACCUUGUAAUGGAGGGCUUGCUCAUCAUCUGACCACUCUCAUCCAAUGAGCUGAGCCCUGCACUGCAGCUGCAGUGGUUAUGGGGCACGGAGUAUUCCUUUAAUAUGGCAUACCAGAGGGGGUUUACCUUUUGCGGUACAGGUGACUAAGUUAAAAUUUGCCUGACUUUGUUUGCUUGAGAGCCAACUCUACAUGUCCGUAACUGAUUUGGUCGUUUGUUUGCAUUUGUGACCCCAUGUGCCGUUCGUUACUAAGUAGGACACAGUUACUCCAGCAAGCUCUAUGCUACUAGCCAGACCUGAAAAGUUACUUGACACUGCAAGCCUGGAGAGCCCCUUGCACACUCACAAGGGGCAAAUUUCUACUCCUUGGUGGCGAGAGGCGAGUGGAAAGUUUGUGUCCUGUACUAAAGAUAAUUAAGGCCUGUCAGGUGUUUGAAAUUUAGGUCACAAAAAGUGUGUCAAGUAGAGAGAAACAAGGUUUUCUUGCACGUUGUGUAAAGUCUGCUGUAGUAAUUGACCAUGUUGGUCACAGCGUAGGUUGCGUUUAAUACUAAACAUGAGUAUCCGUGUUCAUAUGAUGUGAGUAGCCAUGCGUAUAUUCACACAACGUGAGUAGCCAUGCGUGUGUUCAUAUGAUGUGAGUUGCUGUACAUGUGUUCUCUAUUCAGAUUUCCUCUGCUCAGCUUUCGGAUCAAGUGUUGGAAAGCUGGAAGAAGUAUGACAAUGAGUGUAAGCUGAACAUGUCCCUGGUGCCACCACCAACAGGUAAUUAAAGGGCCGCAGCACUUGCUGUAGUGUGUUUUAUAGCUGCCUGUGUUGGCACUGGUGUAUGCCUUCUUUCUGGACUUUGGUCAUCAUAACUGAAUGCUGUGUUGUUGGUGUACUUUGACUGUAGGCGUUUGAUGAAAAUCCACAUGUGCUCACUUUAUGAACCAGCUGCAAGUCCAUGGGUGCUCACUGCCUGAUCUAGCUUUAUGUCCACGGGAACUCUCUCCCUAUCCACGGGGCUCACUGCCUGAUCUAGCUUAAUGUCCACAGGAACUGCCUGUACAUGGGCACUUACUGCCUGAUUUGGCUGCCUGUCCAUGGGCACUCACUGUCUGAUUCGCAGCCUGUUCACAGACACUCACUGCCUGAUCAGGCUGCCUGUACACGGACACUCACUGCCUGAUCCCUGCCUGUCCACUGGCACUCACAGCCUGAUCUAGCAGUGUAACUGUGGGCACUCAUUGCAUGCAGCUGGCCGUAUAACUCCAGACUAACUGUAAUGUCUUGCAGUCUGUUAGGCUUACAUUGCAAGAGGAUGUGGUUCAUACAUAAUCUGGGGACAAUUGGGUAAAUGCUUAAUAAUACACACUGAUAUACCUGUGUGGGAAUGCACAUUCACAGCUGACUAGCCAUAUAUGUACUCAAUAUACAGACACUGCAAGUUACCCUCUCUUUGUAUAUUCCCAGAUCUGGUCUGUAACCGAACAUUCGAUAAAUUCGCAUGUUGGCCGGACACAUUACCCAAUACCACAGUCAACAUGUCUUGUCCCUGGUACCUGCCUUGGUAUAAGAAAGGUAAGAUGCCAUCACACAAUUGAGUUUACACUUCCACACAAAAACCUAUAGACUAUUCCAGAGGUGGGCAAUCAGAAGCUGGCUGACCAUGAUGGGGUAGAGGCCCAAAAGCUGGAGACCAACAGAUCAGCCCAUUCUGGUGUAGCCCAUUCAUGCACCCAUCUCUGCACCAUUAAUAAAUUUGCUCCACUCUCAGUGCAGCAUGGCUUCGUCUACAAGAUCUGUGGACCAGAUGGGCAUUGGCAGCCAAAGGUGAAUGGACAACUCAAUCGGGAUGCUCGGGAGUGUGAACGGGACAUAAACGAUCAGAACCCCCAGGUAUUUCUUAUUUCAAUAUUCAGUAUGUUCUACUGUAUUGAAGAGAUUAGGUUAUGAGACAUUAAAGUUAAAACAUUGUUCGGUGUUUGUCAGGAGUCUUUUACAUAGGAAGUACAGAUCUGCUUGUUGGUAACAUUGUUAGUGCAUUAGGAAGUUUGUAAUGACAUUAUAACUUUGUCACUUUUUAGUUCCACAAGCCAGACAAUUCAUAA